AUGAUGCGACGAACGAGCGAAUCGUCGCAAUAUCACGAUGAAACUCCGCGCAGAAAAGCUCGCAGGACACCUUCUCACGACUCGGAAAGACUUCACAGCAACGUGCCAGAAAAUGUACCAACCUCACCAUAUUCGGAAAGGUCAUUCCACUAUAUGGGACCUCAUGGGGCUGGAACAGCUCCAAGUCCAACUCGCUCCACUCAACCUGUUAGUCCUCAUCGAAAUUUCCCUCACCAUUUCCAGAGAAGUUUUAGUCAACCUGUAGGAUCAACAGGAGAACUCUCUCCAAGAUCUCCAUUUCCUCAUUCUGUAGUUUCACCUUCACAUUACCCGUCUUCAUCUCCUAUGUAUGUAUCUCCAGCACCUUCUCCUUCAGCACCUCCCGCUACGCCCUCCUGUGCAACACCCAGUAGUGUUACAUACACUCUUUCUCAUGGACCAGGCUCAGUAAGCCCAAGAGGCACUGCGUUAAAAACUCCUGACUUUUAUCCUGGCUUAGCUGAUACGUCACAGUUAAGUCCUGCAGAUCCAAACUUUCCAAUACCGUAUUCUUCUGAACCUAAAUUUCCGGAUUUUCCAAGCCCAAGAGAACAGCAAUUUGUUUACAGUGGAGGCGGACACUCUCCUGGGGGAACCAUUCACCAUCUUGGAUAUAAUACCCCUCACAGAACCCCAACACUUCAGAGUCCAGCAGCAUUUCCAAAUCAGUUGUCACCUGGUGCAGCAACAUCUCGAAAUCAGUCUGUAGCAAGUCCCCAGGGUUCUAUGAAUCCUCAUGCUGCUCUGAAUGUUAGUAGAACUCUUGGAAUUCCAAGUAGAGUAGGAGAAAAAUCUACUGUGCUAGGAGGGGAGUUUUCAGAAAUGACAAAAUUGCGGCAGUUUAUCAUUAGUUAUUACAAUGGAGAACUUGAAACAUUAAAAGCUAAUUAUCGUGAGAAACUCCAAGAGCUCUGCUUUCUUCAAACUGGAGGAAAUAUGAUGGAUUUCUUGUUGUGGAAGAAAAGACCAAAUCCAGCAUUUCAAGCAUUUUUUAAUUCUAAUCGUUUAGAUGAUGCAUCUGGUACAAAUCCUACACUAUCACCAAUGACAGCGUCACCUUCUAGGCUAUUCAAGUGGCCGCAACAACAGUCUGAGUCUAGUAAUCCUGGAGCAACCAACUACACCUCACUACAGAGACAGGUUUAUGAGCAAGCAGGUCUUGAUCCACGCAAAGCAGUUCCCAGUAAUUUUAGUGGAAAUCCCAGUUUCAAAUCACAGCUAUCAGUUACUGAAGGAAUUGCACCUAAUGUUUCUCCUUUUACUGGAAACCAACCUAUUCCAAGGUCGAAUGUGGGCAGUUCAGUUCCGCCAUAUUCACGAUCACUAUCUUUACCAAAUCCUCCAUUAGAAACACACAUUACACAAGGCCAUAGUAGCAAUCAUUUUGGAAGUGACACUACAAAUGUUACACCAACACCUAAUCAUACGCCAGGUGUAAAUAUACCACAUGCAGGAGUCUCUAACCCAGCAAUUGCUAAUGGACCUACUUUGCUUUCUCAUGGAGCAAAAUCAACUUUGAACACAAGAAGUCAGUCUUUAACAUCUGUGCUUGAGCAACAUUCAUUUAUCUCUCAAGAGGAUAUUGCAGUUGAAGCUAAGAAGGAGGCUGAAGUUCUCAAGAGAGUUUCUGAACUUCGUAAGGAAGGUCUCUGGGCUUUAUCCCGCCUUCCUAAAGUGCAGGAAAUGACAAGAUGCAAAGCGCAUUGGGAUUAUCUCUUGGAGGAAAUGCAGUGGCUGGCAACUGACUUUUUACAAGAAAGAAGAUGGAAACGAGGCAUUUGCAAGAAGGUGUGCUUUUCUAGACUGUAGAUAAAAUUUAUGGAGUCCCUGAGUCUUAGAGUUUGUGCUUUUUACUUCUGGCUUGCAUUUCAGCAUUGUCCCCCGCUCAAACAUCUCUCAGGAGCCUUUCACUCCCAUAUUACCACUUUAUAUUAGUGAGAAGGGUUAAUCUGGAUGGAAAUCAAACCAACAGUGUAACCUACCUUCAGAAUGUACUUUGAAUGACAAAUUAAGCUCUACAGCAACUUUCUUUUUGAUAGUGAAAUAAUUUAUUUGUCAUAUCUUAUUAGGUUCUAUCAUACCUUAACAAAGAUUUUUCCCCUAGAUUUGGGCGUGAAAAAUUUGGGGUGGGACUUCAGUGAUUGGUGAUUUCUGCACCAAUCAUUAUCCACUGCUACUUAAAUAAGCAUCUCUUCUCACAGCUGUCCAGAGCAGUCUUGAAAUACCACCAGGAGCAGAGAAGCAAAGAAGUGAAAGCAGAGAAGGAGGAAUCUGUCCGUCUCCGAAAAAUUGCAGCAAGCAUUGCCAAAGAAAUCAAGCAAUUCUGGGGUUCAGUUGAAAAGGUUUUUUUCUUAGCUCUUUUGUAUUGAGAUGUGUUAAGGGUUCUCCAGGGGUUGAGCAUAUUUUCCUUUAACAAUCCAUGCAUUUUCAAAUUACCAUGGAAUGAAAAUAAUUUUUUUCAUGUUUGCUACAUCUGUAGAGCAUAUCUUUUGCAUUUACAUCCAAAUUUAGAAAAGAAAAAAACAAGAAGAUGAUACAAUCUUAUAGCAGAGCAUUGUUGUUGUUGGUUUUUUCAAGCCAGAAAAAGGGCAAGCAAAGAGUUUUCUUAUUCCCGAUGGAGAGUAUGUUUGGGAAGACUUUUUGAAGUGAAAUUUUUAUCUUUAAGGUGGUUCAAUACAAGGUUCAGAGCAGAUUAGAGGAGAACAGAAAGAAAGCUCUAGAUCUACAGCUAAACUUCAUUGUAGAUCAGACAGAGAAAUAUUCUUCCUGGUUAGCAGAGAGUCUUGCUGUUCCACCAUCUAGUGGUCAUGCCUCUGGAGGGUCCACUGGUCCCUCUUCCCCUGUUUCAUCCAAACCUGAAACAGGUGGUGACAGUGAAUUUGAACUUACUAAGGAAGCUGAUGAUGAUGAAGAAACAAUCGAAAUUGAAGAGGCACAUGAAGAAUCUGCCUCAAGAGAAAAUGAGCUUGACUUGUUAAGACAAGAAAGCGAGAUUCCCUUGGAGAAACUUUUAGAGAGCUUGCCACCAGAGAUGCUAGAAGAGAGAAGUGACGAAGAUGGCUCUGAAGAUGGUGAAGAUUCAUCAGCUGAGGAUGAAAGUGAGGGGUCAAGGUAAAAAAUAAGUCACAGAUGAGAUUCAUUGCAUUCUUAUGAAAAACAAGAAAAAACUCAGUAGCUUGUCAUGAGAAUUAUAAAAAGAUAGAUGAAAAGUGACAAGUAAGUUGUGAAACAUUUCUUUUUCCAGACAGAUAGUGAUUCCCUUUACAAGUUAAAUUUUUUUUGUCCUUUAAGAGAAGCAAAUUAAAUAUCCUUGUGCAUAUGCAUGAAUAGCUCCCUUGCUCUGGCACAAAAUCUUGGAUAUGUUAGUUCAUGAUUUAUUUGACUCUUAAAAUGUCUUUUACUCAGUUGUCAAAACUUCAGUUACUACUAGCAACAACAGUCUUUUUCAGGACUACUCUCAACUGGAUGAUGAUGCCUCGCAAUCAAUCAGUAGUACUCUCAUGCUGACAUUCCUUUUUUAAAUUUUGAAUUCCAAAAUUUCAGCAAAGAAAGUGAUGAUAGUGAUGUAGAAGUGGAUGUUGAAGGGAACAAUGACGAAGAGGAAGAACCUAAAGAAAAACAGGAUACAACAAAGAUCAAGUAAAACUUUUAAUCUGCAAUUGAUACUAACUUACCAUACAUCGUGUUAAGUUGUCUUCUCUGAUAUAUUCGUAGUUGUGUUUCGUUUGUUUUGGAGAAGUUAUUGCCAAUGUGUGUUAUAAUGUGUAACCACCAAAGAUGAGCAGAGUAGGACAGCGAGGAGCUUCAAAUAUUUUGGUUUAGUUUAACAACUGAGUUGAUUUUGUUUUUGCCUGAAUUGAUGGCAAGCUUUAGUCCUUCAACCUCUGACAAAGGGCUAAUGCUCGAAACAUCAGCUUUAUAAAUUCUUUACAGUGGCCAAUUUACAAUAUCAACUCAGUUGGUAAACCAAAUUAUCUUGUAAUAUCUCCACCAACACAGUGCUAUAUUUUCUUUAGAAACUUGCUCCCUUUAUUCAUCAGCUUCUAAAGAGAUCCUUUUUAUUCAUCCCUUUUACACUCACAGAAACCCUUGCUCCGAUUUUGUCUCAUCAUAUUUGUAUUCAACCCAAAUAUACUGUAAGAUACUGUCAAUAGAUUAAGAGUUGUGAAGAAUAUUCAACUCUUUUUUUGACAUUAUUCAAUUUGAAACCAUGAUAUAUAGGAAUGCCAGUGGAAGUGGAGAAGUUGCUGAAGCUGAUGAAGACUUUGUGAUGACAGAAGGAGGCACAGAAGAUGAUGAACAGACAUUAGAAGAGGAGGAACAGCUGGAAGAAGGAGAUGAUCACAAAAGUGAAAUUGAUAAUCUCCAGAAGGAAGGUAUCCCAUACUGUUAGGAGCUUAUGAAAAUAUAUAUAUAUUCCCUUGGUCUUAAUAGAAACACAGAUGUCUGAAGGCUUGUGCCACAGAAAUUUGAUCAAUGUCAGUAUCUGAACAACUGCUCACCUAUCCCUCCCCUGACCCAAAAGUUACCCAAACUUGCUAUCAGUUGACUGUUAUUGGGUUAGGGGAGGGGCAGGUGCGCAGUUGCUCAGGUACUGAUCCCAGAAAUCGAGGGUGCAAGACUCUAAAAAGUUUUUAUAUAAGCAAAGCUAUACAAGUUGUUUUCUGAGUGGCCAUUUGCUUGUUCCCUGAGGAAUUUCCUUAGCCUUAGGUUUUGCAAAUCGUGGCCAAAAUUCAAUGCUGCUAUAAAACCCAUUGGCAUUUUGUAACUCGCAUGUUAGUGGUUCCUGUCGGUAGCUACAUGAUAUCAAUAUAGCUUUAAAUUAAUAUUAAACUCAUCUUAAUCAUUGUUCCCAGUCUUUUUACUUUACUCUCAGAGAAACUUCCCAUCAAAUGGAAAAAUAACUAUUUGGGGGGAAAAAAGUGAUUAGCUACUUAAGCAUCUUUUUCCUAGUGUUAUUCAUUCAGGAAAUGAGGAAAAGAUGAAAGUUUGGAGCUAAACUGACUUAAAAUCAAUACAAUUAUUGUGACAUGUGUGGCUUUUUUGUUAUUAAUUUUUAUGCUUCACUGUGUCAAUUUAUCAUCAAGGCACUUAAUAUCUUAUCUGUGUACUUCUGCUGUCUUUGUGUAAGAAUAUCUGGAAAUUUUCUCAUCUCAGGUGAGAUGCCCAUUGAGGAAUUAAUGAAGAUGUAUAGUGCUGCUGAGAAUGAAUCUACAGAUUUACAGACUGAAGAAGAGAGUUCACAAGAAUCAUCUGAUGAAGGUGGGUAUGAAGUGUAACUUUUGCAAGGUUAGCAGUCCCUUUAAUAGUUGAUAUUUUUGUUCCUUGUAGAGUUGAGUGAUACUGAGGGGACAGAAUACCUUGUGCAACAAGAGAAAGAUGGAGCCAGUGAAUCACAGGUGUGUUUUCUCCUCAGAUGUGAGGUUUGCAGAAAUGAUCAAAGAGAUGCUUUUCUGUACAAAGGGUUCUCUUUGCAUUUGGAGCCCAACUAUUGUCAGCUGAGCAACUAUGCAAAUGCAAGUGGCUGAAUUUGUUUUGUUGUAUUCUGCAGAAUGCAGAUUCUGAUCCAGACCAAGAAUUGACAGAUGCUGCAGCAACAGCACAGAGCUUGCAACCUCGAGGAUUCACUUUAGAAACAACUGAUGUAAGGAUCAGACUGUUGUUGAAUGUACUCUGUUAUGUUACAUGAAGACUAAAAAAUAUAAGGGCUGUGAAUUGAAUAAAUCCUACCUAGGGGGGUAGUUUCAAGACCAUCUUUGGCUUCAAGGUUUCUCUAUGACUAGGCUAUUUGAGGUAAAAUGAUGAAUUUUAAGUUUCCUCCCACCAACCCCCUCCCCUUUCCUCGAUACUGGUUAUAAAAAUAGAUGUUUGAUUAAACAGUUUGCUGAGCUGAAGAUGAUAUGUGGCACAGUUUUGCUCAAACAACACCAUCACUUUGUUUAAAUAACCAGCCUAUCCUGCUUUUUGAAUUUCUUCUUGUUUCAGAUCAAGACCAAAGUGCCAUUCCUGCUGCGAGGUGUUCUUAGAGAAUAUCAGCUUAUUGGCCUAGACUGGCUGGUGACUAUGCAUGAAAAGCACCUUAAUGGCAUCCUUGCAGAUGAGAUGGGUUUGGGAAAGACUAUCCAAACGAUUGCACUGCUUGCCCACCUGGCUUGUGAGAAAUGUGUUUGGGGUCCUCACUUGGUUGUGGUUCCCACAUCUGUGAUGCUGAACUGGGAAUUGGAGUUCAAGAAAUGGUGUCCUGGAUUCAAAAUCUUGACUUAUUAUGGCAAUCAAAAAGAGAGGAAAGCUAAGAGACAGGUGUGUUUGUCAAUGUCUUUGUAUAUCCAUUCCUUAAAAGAAAAAUUGAUUGCACUAAUUUGGUUCUGCAUUUGCUAAGGAGAUCCCUUGUGCACAAUAUACUAAUUUGAGUUCACGGAGGUUUUUAUUUUCUGUAGAGGAAUUCGCUAGGAUCAAGAAGCAGAGUUAAAGUUUCAGUACUUCUCAUGUUGUGUGAUUUACCAUUUAAUAUAAAUAUGAUUACAAAAACUUUUUAUUGCUUCAGGGUUGGACAAAACCAAAUGCUUUUCAUGUUUGUAUCACAUCAUACAAGCUGGUCAUUCAAGAUCAUCAGGCUUUCCGCAGAAAGAAGUGGAAAUACUUCAUUCUAGAUGAGGUGAUUAAUAUGUAAACCUUAGUUUGAUUUUCCUUUAUCCAUGAAGACUGUCAUUGUUGUUUGUUGCAUCCAAACAGCAUUAAAUAGCUGAUUGUGUAGUCUGGUUGUUGGGGUGAGAGUAGUCCUGAGAAGGACUGUUGUCGGUAGUGAUGACUGAUGUUUCUUCAACCCUAAAUAAUCAGGCUACAAAAUGCAAUGCUACUCCUGAGUUCAAACCAUUUACUGUUUGAUGUUUUAACUUAUUGUUUGUUGAAUUCAUGGUAAUCCUGGUUUAGGCUCAAAACAUCAAGAACUUCAAGUCCCAAAGGUGGCAGUAUCUUCUUAACUUCAAUAGCCACUGCAGACUACUCUUGACAGGGACUCCCCUUCAGAACAGUUUGAUGGAGCUUUGGUCACUUAUGCACUUCCUAAUGCCACAUGUUUUCCAGUCUCACAAAGAUUUCAAAGAAUGGUUUUCAAAUCCUCUGUCUGGCAUGAUUGAAGGGAGUAGGGAAUACAAUGAAGGACUUAUCAAAAGGCUUCAUAAGGUUGGUCUCCCUAAACUGUCAUUUGCAGGCUUAAGUUUAGGUGCUUUGAAGCCAUGGGUGGCAACCUGGCAUAAAUGCAAAUACUUCUGGUGUACAUGAACUGCGAUAGACAAGCUUAAGCAUAGAUGCCUUGAAACUAAAGACAGUUGCAAGAUGUGAAUGCAAAUGCUUCCAGUGCUUUUUGACUGGUUAAGAACUGUGGGGAAACAAUGUGCAAGGUUUCACUUUUCUAAUGAGAAAUCAUUUAUUUGCACCACAUGAGAGUAUUGUACUCAGAAACAUCAGUGCUUUCAAUGUAUUGUUAAUAGUUGUCUCUAUUUGUACAGUACUACUCAAAAGUAAGUCUAUAGUCUAGAUGCAAACUCGAUUUUGGAUCCUCAAAACUUAACCCUUUAACUCCCAGAUCAAAUUUGUCAUUCUCCUUACUGUCAACCAUACAGUUCUUAUAGUGUUAGUUUAGAAAAUUUAGUAUUGGAUCAAUUUAUUAUCCCCAAAUUAAUAUUUUUCUUCAUUCUCAUCACUUAUCUGGCUGAUGUUGUAUUGUUACUGUAAGGAGAAUUUCUGUCUUGGUCACUCAUGGGAGUUAAAGGGUUAAGAGAAUGAAAGAGUGAAAAUCAAGGACUGAGAAUCGAGGCUCAAGAGCAGGGAAUCAAGGAUUGAAGGACUGUCAACUUACUUUUAAGCAGUACUGUAGAUUUUUGUCAGGUGAUUAUCCAAGUACAAAAGAUUACUUAUUACCAUGCAGCCAGAUCUUUUUGUGUGUUUUGAUGUACACUUGUUAUUAGUAAGGGGCCAUCCAAUCCAAUAUUGCAUAGCAAUGGUUGUUAUGUGAUAAUUUCGCUUGGCCAAGAGCAUGAUACUCUUCUAAAACCCACUGAAAGGUAACACUCAACCAUUCAGUGGUUCCUGUCGAGAGGUACAUACUCUUCACCACAGGAGUACCUGUGUUUUGUGUAUCAGUGUGUGUUUAUAGUACUGUGGACUUGAUGUAUUGAUUCUCCAUUAACAUUUAUAGGUUCUAAGACCCUUUUUGCUGAGAAGACUGAAGCUGGAGGUAGAAACUCAGAUGCCCAAGAAAUAUGAACACUUGAUCCGCUGCCGCUUGUCUAAGAGACAGCGCUAUCUCUAUGAUGAUUUCAUGUCCAGGACUAAGUGAGUUCUGUAAUGAAAAAAAAAAAAAAGAAACCUUUGCCCACAAGACCUUUAGGUAAUGAAGAAUUAUCUUGUCCUGCAAAUUUUGAACUGUGACUGAAAGUUCUGCUAAAAGUUUAAUUGAAAGAAGAAUUUAGGUUUCUACUUUAACUUUAGAGGUGGUUAACAUUUAAUUUCUCUCUAUAUAUUAUCCAUGCAUUAUCCAACAAAUAGGUGAUGGGAAUACUCUCACUUAUCAGGUAGAAGUUGUGGAUACUAUCUAACACCAAAUUCUUGUAACUGAUUUACAAAGAAAAGUUGAAGCAGUCAGAGGGGGUGACUAACAAUCAGAUCUUGGGAGUUAAAGUUUUAAAUGUCUGUGUCUGACAUCUGAAAUACAUGGGUUGAAGUGCUGUGGAGCCAUGGCCUAACUUUCUGCUACUGGUUUUCCUUCCAGUUUACUUACAAGUGUCAAUUGUGGCAAGAGUUGGACUGUUGCUUGUAUUUUCUAUGAGUGGAAUGAAUACUUUGGUUGUGGAUUUAAGAUCUGUACAUGGACAACUGCUCUUGAGCCAAGGUUCACUGCUAACUAUUAGAUUUUGUCACUUAUGGCCAAGAGAAGAAGCUGCUAUAAAACCCUCUGACAUGUACACUGUACAACUCAACUGUUCCUGUUGGGAACAACAUUGUUACAGAUGUAUAUUGAGUAGUGACGUGCAGCACUUUGUCUUGUGAUUAGGGAAUCAUUGUAAAUUAUGUUUUGUUCACUUUGUUUCAGGACAAAGGAAACCUUAGAGUCUGGUCACUUUCUCAGUGUUAUUAAUGUUCUCAUGCAGCUGAGAAAGGUAACAAACAUUUUAGUAUAAAAUGUCCAACAAAAUAAAUUAAAUAAAUAUCUAUUUUAUUAAACCACUUAUUAGUGGGAGGGGGGGUAUCAGUUGAUCAUGCAGGGUAUAGUAUGUAGUCUUAAAAGGACUGUGGUCAGUGUUUCUGACAGACAUACAGCCUUGUAUUGACAACUUGUUUGGAAGUCAUUGUUAGAGUUGUUUGAUCACAGAGGCACUUGACUCUGAUGAUGUCUUCAAACAUCACCCACAAAAAUUCCUCUUCAGGAUUACUUUCGCAAAGACAAGCCGAUUGUGGCAUCAAAAGCAUGUACACAAAGCUGUACUUUAUUUUUGCUCUCACAUGAAGUUCCCUUGUUACUUACUGAUACUUUGUGCCACAUACUCUUUCAGGUUUGUAAUCAUCCUGACUUGUUUGAACCAAGACCAACAGUUUCACCAUUCUACAUGGAAGGCAUUGAGUUCUACACUGCAUCAUUGGUGCUUAGAGCUCUGGAUUAUAACCCCCUCAAGCAUGUCAGCUUUGGUUACUUGAACUUGUGUGUAGCAGACAUUGAAAGAACAGUGACAAGCUAUGCAGCUUUUCGUUCACAAACUCUUCAAACACCGGCAAAAAUGAUUAUAGAAAUAGACUCCCACCCUGAACCAGUCAGGCGGCUGGUCCCUCUGGCAAAACCUCGCAGGAUUUCAUUUUCUGGCCAUCCUGUGCUUCCAUUAGGCAGUGUCAAGACAGAGAUAUCUAACAGUAUUCAUCCAAGUGGACAACACAUGCCACAUGUUCCCCCUCCUCCCUACUCUGCUCAUCAACAACACAGAGUGCAUCCAACAUACACUCCCGGUGCUAUUCCAUAUGGCAUUCCUCCAGGGCGGUCUCAAGACCAUCCACAACGCCCAGGUUUUGGUGGAUUAUUACCUGGAAGAAUGCCGCCUGGAACUCCUGAAGGACAACAGCCUCACAGCCACUCAACACGGCACAGUGCUGGUGUCCCUACAGGCUUUCCUGCAUCUAGGAUACUUUUGUCUGGAUAUGGAAGGGAAAUGCCCCCUCCUCCACCCUAUCCAGGACCUGGAGCAGGCUAUGAAUCUCAGCGUCAGCAUAUGGCAGUAGGGCAGUCACCCUGGUCAGCUUCAGUUCCUUCUGCUACUGGUGUUGCUGUAGAGUCACAUCCAUCUGUCCCUGGUAUUGCAAGCUUUCCAGCAGCUCAGAAUCGAGCACCAGUAGGGCAAACUGUUCAAGAUGGUGUAGCUAGUAGACUUCCCCUUCCUCAUCCUGAACCCAAACCAGUGUCUCCAACAAAGAGAAUUGCCCUAGAAAGUAAAACAACACUUCCUGCUGUUACCCAGGCUAACAAAGAUUCACCAUUUUUCUUGGUAUGUUUUAGUGUCAAAGCUAGUCUUUGCUAUGAAGGGGCUCUUCCAUUGUGGAAGCACUAUUCACAACCCUAAAUGGAAUGAAAGGCACUGAUUCUGAUAUCUGAUUUUACCUGCAAAUCUUUCAGACAAAUUUUGUCCAUCAUACAUUUCUUAUGGUACUGUUAUGGAAGUUGUUGGCUGUCUUUCCUUUAUUCUUUUGACCCUAAUGUGUGAUUCAGGUGUAAUAUUGUAAAGAGAAAUUAGAUGCUAGUCACUUCCAUGCAGCAGUGGUGAGGUUGAACAAAGGGGAGUGACUAGUGGUUUCUUGUCAGCGUGUGAUGAGUGAAACUUCAGGUCCGUGUUGUUGAGAGUAAAUCUGUGAUAGAACUUGAAGUUCUGAGCUGACAAAGAUUGAAAGAAUAGUUUUAGCUACUAAAGAAAAGAAAAAAUUAGAACUGGAAUUAACUUUGCGAAAUUUGCCUUCCUAGGAGAAUCUUGCUGAGAAAAGGCUCAAGGAAAGAAAGCAGAAGCUUGUGCGCAUUGUACGGGUCAACAGUUGUCAUUCUCAAGCACAACCAGUCUAUGGACCAGAUUUGGUGCAGGCCGUGUCUAUAGUUAAGGAUGUGUGGAGUACAGUUAAACAUUCUGAAUAUUUAACAAACAUGUUGAAAACUCCAGUAGAUCGAGUGACAGAAAUGAAGGAUAUUUUUAGCAGGUAAAAUUCCAUGUGUGUUUUCAUUUUUUUGGCUCACCAAUAUUAUAACACCAGAAUUAUUUCGAAGCUGUCUUGAAAAAUAAUCUAGAGAAAUUAAAAACAAAAAAAACAGAAGUAAAAAAACUCAUGAUCUCAAAACUAUUCUUUAAUUUAUUCAAGAAAAAUAUGUCAGAUCAAGGAACAGCAUAAUUAUGAUGAGUACUAUACUUCAAGGUCCGUGUUUUUGAUUGACCCUGAUAAUAUAGAAGUUCUGAGCUGUCAACUUUAUUAUGAACUGCAGAAAUAGGUAGACUUCUGUGGUGAAAUGCUGCCAGAGGUGAUUCAACCACUGAUUUUUUUCUUGUCAGGUUUGUGUUUGCUAUACCAUCUGUGGAAGCUCCUCCCAUCAAACUACAUACAUCCCAUCCUCCACCCUCUUACUUGUCAAAGAUGCAGAACCUUGAGGAAACUCUUCGCCUGAACUGAUGCCCAAGACGUCAUUCAUGCAUCCAAUUGCUCGGGGCUUGAAGAUGCAGUUUCCAGAAGUGCGGCUCAUUCAGUAUGAUUGUGGUAAGGACAUAUACAUCUAAACAAGAGCAAGGGAUUCUUAAAUUGUAGCUCUUGUGUAUUAGCACCUUGAAUUGUUUGUGUUGAUUUGAACCAGUGCAUAAGAUUCAUGAGUGCAAUUUGUUUUUGCUGCAGGUAAACUUCAAACUCUUGAUCUGCUGCUGAGAAGACUAAAAGUUGGAAAGCACAGGUAAAAAGAAUACAAAUUUACCUUGCCAACAUGUGUCAGUCUAUUGCUUUGUGAAAACCAAUCUGUCAGUGGUGAUGUGACAGAUUCUGUAAUGCAAUGUAACAGUCCAGAACUUGUUCUUUAUGAUUUAUGAAGCAAAUAAAAUUUGGUAUUUGGCUUUUGUUUUAGACAUUUAAUAUGAUGCUUAUAGUUGCAUUUCAACUUGAUGUUCACAGGGCACUGAUAUUUACCCAAAUGACCAAGAUGCUAGAUGUUCUAGAGAGCUUUUUAAAUUACCAUGGUUACAUCUACCUGAGGCUUGAUGGCACAACAAGGGUGGAGCAAAGACAGGUCUUGAUGGAGCGCUUCAAUGCUGAUACUCGCAUCUUCUGCUUCAUCCUCUCCACACGCAGUGGCGGACUAGGUGUCAAUCUUACUGGUGCAGACACAGUCAUCUUUUAUGACAGUGACUGGAAUCCUACAAUGGAUGCCCAAGCACAAGACAGAUGUCAUCGCAUUGGUCAAACCAGAGAUGUCCACAUCUACAGACUGAUUAGUGAGAGGACAAUAGAGGAAAACAUCCUGAAGAAGGCCAAUCAGAAAAGAAUGCUGGGUGAUAUUGCUAUUGAGGGUGGAAACUUUACCACUGCCUUUUUUAAAGAAGUAGGUUGAGAUACUGUUCCUGAGUGUGUUAUUGUUUUGUAACUUUUUUCAAACUGUCCACAGGGUUAUUUAACUCUUCCAAUCCCAAGGUGUCACUAGUAAUUCUCUCUACUGUCUGCCAUACAAUUCUUGAGAUGAGGGUCAACAACAGUCACAAAGAAGUUUGUGGAAAGUCAUGGAACUUUAUAAGGAUGAAAAACUAGAAACCUCUUGACUGAUAAAAGAGCUGUAUGAAUUGUGUUUCAUGUUUAAUUUUAUAUUCUUCAUUGUGCAGACUACACUGAAGGAUCUCUUCACCAUUGAACCAUCUACUGAAGCUACUAACACUCAGCCUAGUAUUACUAAGACGGAGCCCAUUGAUGAAGUUGUCACACAAGAAUCUCAAGAAGAGUCUGAGACAACUGCAGAAGUUGGUAGCACCAAGACUGGAGCUGGAAAAGUGUCACAGAACUUGCUGGAGCAGGUACAUAGAAUACAUGUGCUUUGUUUACAUGUAUGAAGUCAGUUUAGGUUACAUUCCUUUGUUACACCAUCUUUCAGGCGUUGUUCAAAGCAGAAGAUGAACAGGAUGCGUGUGCUGCUACAAGAGCUAAGGCUGAAGAGGCUGCAGAAUUAGCAGAAUUUGAUGAAGGAAUCCCCCUGAGUGAAGAUGGAAAGGUUCGUUAGUAAGAUUCGUUCUCUUUAAAUUACCACAUCUAAAGUACAGUAAUGGUGCAUAGCUUUGUGACUAGUGAUUCAGUUGACUUAAGACAUUUGAUAUCUACAAUGAAAUGAUAUUAUAAACUGGCUUCUUGAAAUAUUGUUCUACCAUUUUGGCAGGCAAGCAUAACACUUGGGUUUCAGUUGUGAAUUCUAUAAGGGCAAAUUACUAGCUCUUAUAAUUUUUGCAAAGGUGAAAGUCGAAGUGUGAUCUCUUUCACUCUCAAAAGCAGUCUGCAGCACGAGUCCCCAGCAUCUGGACAACUAACUUUCUAAUUUAAUUCCAGGUAAAAGAAGAGAAAACUAAGGAAAGUUUUUUAUUGCUUUAGGAAGAAGAGCAGUCCAAAGUAGAGGAAGAACUAUCUGCUCUGGAGAGCCAG